AUGGCCAGGUGGAGCCAGAAGAAUGGUUUUUGCAGCAACCCCAUCAACCAAGCAUAUCACAAUCGAAACCGAAAUGCCACCAAAAACAUCACGGUUCUGUUCUGGCACUGGCCUUAUGGUCAAUCGUACAGUUUGGAGGGAGAUGUAUGUUGGGAGAAAUAUGGUAUCUCUCAUUGUCAGCUGGUAGACAAUCGCUCUUUGUACAACAACUCUGAUUUUGUGGUCUUUCAUCAUCAUGAGUUGAAGCUACGUCGUGAGAAGCUGCCCACACAUCUUCCUCGCCCUCCCACCCAAAGAUGGAUCUGGCUUUCUCUGGAAGCCCCUGAAAACUGUGGAGACCUGAGGCCCCUUGGGGGAUAUUUCAACUUAAAAAUGUCAUAUCGCCGUGAUGCUGACAUCACAAUUCCAUAUGGAAAGGUAAUAGAGAGAGGAGAGGAUCCCAUUGACUUCAGUAUCCCAAAGAACAAGUCCAUACUAGCCUGCUGGGUGGUUAGCAACUACCAGUAUCAACACAAACGGACUGCAGUCUAUGAGAAACUGAAAAAGGUCAUCCCAGUGACAGUAUAUGGUCAUGCAAUGAGAAAACCACUGACUAAGAGUUCCCUGAUACCCACCAUUUCCAAAUGUUACUUUUACUUGGCCUUUGAGAACACUGAAUCUGCAGACUACAUCACAGAGAAACUAUGGAGAAACUCCUUUCAGGCAGGUGCUGUGCCUGUAGUUUUAGGCCCUCCCCCAUCACACUACGAAGCUGUAGCUCCACCUCACUCCUUCAUCCACGUUGAUACGUUUUCAUCAGUGGAGACACUGGGCAAGUUUCUUGAAAACCUUGCUAAAGACAAAGAAAAUUAUGAAUCCUAUUUUGAAUGGCACAAGAAUUAUAAAGUUAAAUUGUACACUGACUGGAGAGAGAGGCUCUGUACCAUCUGCACCGUCUAUGACAGACUUCCUCAGAACAAGGUAUAUCAGACCUUGACAUAG